AUGGCUCCCAAGGACGCAGUCUUGGAGACGGAGGCUGCGAAUGCGGAGGACGCCACUGCGGAGGGUCCGCCACCAGUCGAAGUGGGCCGGGCCGAAGAAAGGUCUGAGGAAGUAGCUGGCUCUGACACAGCGUUCAGCGAGGAUUUGACGAGCAAGGACAACGUCCUGGCUGCCGAGGAUUCUACGCCACCAGUUCCAGCCGAUGCUGACGUGCCCCUCUCUGAGGACCCUGGCCUCAGCGCCUUCACUGCGAGUGAGCCUACCUUGGAGGCACCCGAUCAGGCGGAGGCGAAGCAGGAAGAUGAGGAUGGGCCUGUGCCACAGGUGCCUAGCACCGAAGAGCCAGAUGUGGCUACGGUGCCAAACAUGGAGAUGGACAGCCACAUGCAGCAGGAGCCUGAUGCAGAUGUGCUGACGGCCGCGGUGGAAGAUGGGACGGCCGAAAUAGAG